AUGCCUUUUGGGCUGAAAAAUGCAGCUGCAACUUUUCAAAGGGAAAUGAACAAAGCAUUGUCGCCAUACAGAGAAUUUUGCCGUGCUUAUAUUGAUAGCAUUGCUAUAUUCUCCCAUGACAUUCCCUCUCACUUGAAACAUCUUCAUUUGGUGCUGGAUAGAUUGGAAGAGCUGCAAUUCACUGUUAAUCUUUCAAAGUGUGCUUUCGCGAAAUCUGAAAUUUCAUACCUGGGACAUAUAAUUGGCUCAGGAAAGCAUCAAGCUGAUCCAGCUAAGUUGGAAACGAUCUCUCGUUUGCCCGUACCUGAAACCAAGAAACAACUACGUAGUGCUCUUGGCCUGUUCAACUAUUAUCGUGAUUAUAUUGCGAAUUUCGCCGAGAUUGCCUUUCCAUUAACGGAACUAACAAAGAAAAGAAGCCCUGAUGUAUUACCGUGGUGUGAAAUGCAUAGUGUUGCUUUUGAAAAAUUAAAAUCAGCAUUGUUACACGCUCCUACUCUACACACUCCGAAUAUGAGCAAACCCUUUUGUGAUUCAUUGUGA